AUGCCCGUAAAGGUAGUCGUUGUUGGUGCCGGUCUCGCCGGCCUGGGUGCUGCAAUUUCGUUAAGCCGUGCAGGCAAUGAGGUUCAGGUUAUUGAGCAGCCGGGGUUUCUGAACGAAGUCAGCGCUGCCAUCCAUGUGGCGCCCAAUGCCACCCGAAUUUUGACGGCCUGGGGAUGUGAUUUGGAAAGUUUACAUCCCGUCCACUGCAACAAGUUACAAGUGUGGGAUGCCUCAGAGAAUCUUAUGUGGACUCCAAUUGCUAAUGGCCACAAAAUCAAUAUCUGCCUUUCUUCGCGUGUAUUAUCGGUGGAUGCAGAGGCCGGCGAAGUAGUCCUCGAGGAUGGUACGACAUAUGUCGCUGACCUAGUUGUAGGGGCUGACGGCAUUCAUUCCCGCUCCGUUCAGGCCAUCGUCGGGGAAAACAAAGGACGCCAGAGCACCGGUCAAAACUACUUUCGUUUCUUGGUGCCCAUGGAAAAGAUACAGGCCAACCCAUUAACUGCCGCGCUUAUGGCAAAGACGGGCAUCGACGGAGUGCAUGCCUUCGUGGCGCAUGACCGACGCAUCGUGGUUUAUCCCUGUCGGGGUGGCCAGUUGCUGAACGUGGCAGGCAUUCACCCUGCCGGAAAAGAGACGAACGCCAGAGAUUCACCGUGGCUCGAUGGGGGCAGCUUGAGCCAGCUGAUUGAAACCUAUCGGGACUUUGGCGAAGAGCUUCAGGAAAUGUGUCGUCUCGCGGAGGAUCUGAAGCUGUGGAGCCUGGCUUCGCGCAGGCCAGCUCCCAAGUUUGUGAGAGGCAAAUUAUCUCUAAUCGGAGAUACGGCGCAUCCCAUGCUACCUCGGCAAGGCGCUGCUCAAGCAUUCGAAGAUGCGGCGGCACUUGGUGGAGUGAUGACAGAUGAUACGACCAUAGAGCAGAUCCCGCAGCGCCUGGAAUUGUACAACAAGAUCCGGUAUAAGCACGCGGUGACUGUGAUGAUGAUGUCCAAAACCCACGAUGAACGACAGGUGGAAAUGCUGGAAGAGCUCCGCACCUAUAGACGACGUCAGGAUGGCAGUAGCCAAAGAAUCAGUUUGAUCGAUCGCAUUCGGCGCAUUGACGACCGCAGAGCAGAAGCUGGAGUGAUAGGUUGGAAGAUUGGAAAUAUUGCUCCUCAGAUAGGAGUGCCGAGUCUUCUCCCUGAGGGUCUUCGCUGGAUUGAGUCAAGAACCGGAACCGUUAUCCCUCUUCCAAAUCUUUGCCACGCUCCAUGGGAGAAACCGCCCCUAUCUCCUAUGUCUCCGGACUUAGAUGGUGUCCAUGACGCCGCGUCAACACCCUCUGGGCUUCCCGCACCGACAGUACUGAAGCGAUACCUAGACGUGUAUACUUCCUCGGCCAUCCACACAAUCUUUCCUGUCAUCAAUCCGUCAAUCUUCUCCCAGACGAUACGCGCAGCCUAUUUGCUGCCUGAACAAGAUAAGAAGGCCCAUUUUCCUAGUUCAAGGGCAUGCAUAUUCGCUUUUCUGGCAUUGAUUUCUAGCUUAGAUCAUCUUGCAACUCGUUGUACAGCCCCCAAACCACCUCCUAUUCCUCGAGACGAGUAUGCUAUGAAGGCCCAGGCUCUAUUGCCGUCUUUGCUUCAAGAACCGCUCAACUUGGAUGCAUUACAAACAUUUCUUCUAUUGUCAAUACUAGGAGUACUCGCCGGCGAAUUGCAAACAGCAACAAAUUAUAACUCGAUCGCAUCACGUUUCAUCAUUGCUCUGGGAGCUCACACAAUGGGAGAUCCGUGCGCGGUACCAGAAUCUGUCAUCGGAGGCUCCAGAGACAAAGAGACUAGGAAGCACCUUCGCGACCUUUUCUGGCUCUGCUACGCCCUUGACAAGGAUCUUUCCUUGCGUACUGGGCAGAGCCACUGCCUCAGGGAUGAAGACUGCGAUCUCCAACUACCACCCGGUUAUACUGAGAAACUACACUCCAGGAUGAGCUAUUCCUCGAUGGAAAAUGCGCGCGGUUUUCUGUUUCCCAUCGACUUACGGCUCAGCAUGGUCAAGUCUCAAAUCUUUACCGCUCUCUACUCCCAUCGUGGACUACAGAAAAACGACGCUGAAGUCGUCCGAUCAAUUCGGGAACUAGACGAAGAGUUAGAACUCUGGCGAAUGUCGAUGCCCUCAAAUCUGAGACCCAAACUUUCAUUCGCAAAAGAAAACUCUGAAGACCAGCGAGUCGACACCAUGUAUCUUGUGCUGACGCAUUUGAACUACUACUUCUGCGUUAACAUACUCCACCUAACCGGAAGUCGAUGCGAAGCGUGGCGUUCGACUUCUACCCCAGCAAGCAUGAUGGACGGACUUCGCUUAAGUCUGACUCUAUCCGUGGAAGCUAGUCGAUCCCUUUUAUUAUUUCUACAUCACUCUGAGUCCCUCGUGACGAUGCUCACCAUAUUCUGUAACUUGCUGGAAAAUCCACGUGCUGAGAGCGCAGCGAGUGAUACGCAGCUCCUGGCAGUAACAGAGCACACGACUGAAAGGGUCUUCCUGAGACAAAUUUCUCGAGCUGACAAAGCCGCUCAUCUGCAAGCUAUCACCGGAUUUAUCUCUAGUCUUCGAGAUCUUGCCCAGCAGGCGAUUCACCAAGCAACUAAUGACACGGGGCCAUCAUGA